AACAAUCUGCAACAUCGGGCAAUCUAGACGGCUAAAUGUGAAAUUCUCCACCCCCAACAAGUUGACAGUGUGAUGCGGAGGUGGAUUACUUUUUGUGUUGAAUUUUUGGGUCGGGAAAGAAGUAGCAUCGUUUGUACGACAGACAUAGAGGAAGUUGAUAUUUUACAGAAAACGUGCUGAAAUUUUGAAAUCAUUUGGGUUCAACGACUGCAUAAGUUCAAGCAAUCUUACCUGUUUAGCUGUAGUGCUAGGCUAGAUAACGUCACAUACGUUAACGUUAGCCAACCUCGGAUAGCUAACGUGAGGCGUCAAAUCGAUCGAGUUUUUAGACCUAAACCAACUAUAACGUUAGUCCUGUGAAUACAGAAAAAAGGUAUCUGUAACUUUGUCCAUUUGUGUGGUUAUCAAGUAAAUUUCGAUUUUGAGAUGGGUGCUCAUCGAAGUGAAGGUCGCAGCAGAGACUGGCUUCAACAAGAUGCCACGGAGCAUCAGGUACAAUCAAUGAAUCCAUGGAACAUAAUGAUAAAACACAGACAGGUUCACCGCAGAGGUCGACGAUCACAGAUGACUGUAAGUUACACUGAUCCAGUUAUAUCCAUGGAUCUCCUGAGAACUGUUCUGCAGCCCAGCUUCAAUGAGGACAUUUUGGCGGUCUUCAGGAAAUAUAUGAAGUUCUUUGAAAAGGGUGCUGUUAAUGUAAAAGAAAACAUUGGUGAAGAGGUCCAGACUGAUCAGCUGAUCAAGGAGGCUUGCAGAAAUUGUCUCGAACACGCAAAGCGUCUCUUUCCUGAAGGAGAGAAAACGACCAAUAGACCAGGUGUCGAGCCCCCUGUCAAGAGAGCUAGACAGAUGGAGGAUGAUUCUAGUCAGAGGGGAAGCCCUGUGCCAAAAAAGCGGAAAGGGCGACCCCCAGGACCUGCCAUCCCCUAUGACAGACCAGUCCAAUUCAGCACCCCGGCAAAACCUAAGGCUUCUGAGGCUGUCAAGCGGGAAGGACCAAAGUGGGAUCCUUCCAGACUUAACGAGAAGAGCACAUUUGUAUUAGGGUCAAGGGCAAACAAGGCUUUAGGAAUGGGAGGCACAAGAGGAAGGAUUUACAUCAAACAUGCAGACCUCUUUAAGUAUGCUGCAGAUGCCCAAGAUAAGCACUGGCUUGCAGAGAAACAGCAUAUGAAGGCAACUGGUGGAAAAAUGGCCUACCUCCUUAUUGAAGAGGAUGUUCAAGAUCUUGCCAUCAGUGAUGACUAUAAAGAUUGUCCUGACCUAAAGAUGGAUGAGUUGAAGCCAUUUGUGGUGCCAAUAUGGAUGAUUGAAAAGAUGCAGAAAGCAAUGGACUCCCAGAGGUCAGAGAAGGACUAAUAUCGAGGACUGGGCCAAAGGUCACAAAGUCAAAAGAAAAAGCUUGACAACUAGUUUUCACAUGUAUUCCAAUCAUAGCAGUAAAUUUUCCCAAAGCAGGGGAAACAUUUCACAGCCUUAAUGUCCAAGGCUCUCCUUUUCAGUCAGCCUGCGUACUGACUGAUGCCUCGAGACUUUUUAAAAACAAUAAAUGUGUGCGGUGUUUGUUUUCCAUUGGUCUCGUUGCUGUAAUAAUUGCUAUGAUGUAGUUUCAGACACAGAUUUUGACACAUAAUAUUGACACAUUUUCAUAUGUGCUUUAUUAGGAAAUACACAAAAAGGCACCUUUUUUAUAAUCAACAUUAGAUCAUAGUUCCUCAGGUACCAUGUCAAAUUAUAGUUUAUCUUUUAUAAAAAAUGAUUGAUUGGAAUCGAAUCAGGCAGCCACUUGUGAACUUGCAAAGAUGCCUUACACAAGUCCUGUAAAUGGAGAGUGUUAGGGUGCUUGUGUGUUAUUUUGCUUGCCAGUGCUUUAUACAGCCUGUGUACAUCAUUAGUUUUUACAAACAUCUGGUGCCACCGGGUGUAACACCUUACUGUGUUUAGUUUAAUAUUGAAUAUGUUAAGGAAAAUAUUUUUUAGAACUAUAUUUUGCUCACACAGGUGUGUAUGUCAAUUCACUCUGUAAGUUAUUUUAUUUGUGUAUGUGUCACUCAUGAAUGAAAAGGGAAUUUUAUACUUGCAACUGUCCCUAGCUAAUGUCUAAAUGUCAGUAACUGAUGUUAUAAAAUGACUGAUAACAGUUUUUUUUCCCUCACACAAUGUUUCAGUAGUGUAGUCUGUUUUGUGUUUUGAAAUAUAAUGUGAGAACUGCUUCAUAGUUUUAUGAAUAUCUUUACAAAUGCAAAUUGUAAAAAGAAAAAAAAAAAACAAAGAAAUGUGAACGAUUUUGCAAUACUAUUAAAUAUUUUGUUUUAUAUUG